AUGAAGCGUGAGCUUGCAAUUCAUUUCCCCAAGGGCGUGCCACCGCUAAGGGCUUACUUCCAUCCUGUCUUUUUUAGGAGAGAGCCAGGACCCCCUCGAAUGGGUGAUAUGAUUAGUAUGAGCCCGGAGUUCGAUGCUGAGCCAAUACCAUCAGUUACUGAAACCACAUAUAACAAUAUUUAUUUAGGUCGUGAUCCUCUUCAACAAGCUAUGGUCCCACGACCACUACCCGCCAUUGCAACACCCGCGACUCUACGAAGUCAACUAGAAUCAGCAUUCCAGUCAUUACCCAAGCACGCGGCCGUUCGUUCCUUGAAGGACUACAUCGCUCCUCCUAUUCCUCCAAAUAUCUUCGAUCAAGUUUGCCAUCGAGGUUUCCCUGAUCUGACAAUCGAGGAAUUGCAACGUGACUUGGUUCCCUUUGAUGGGCAUUAUGAUUGGAGGUUUCGUUGGCCAGAUAUAUUUAGCGAAUUAUUUGUGCUACAGAAUACGCUCUGGGCGAGAGACUUCAUUAAAUCUCAAGAGAAUUGCCAAGUUUGUUGGAUCACUCGUACUGUUGAAAUGCAAAAGAACCUACCUCCUGGAGCCAUGCUUUAUCCCAAGAUCAAAUACUAUAGAGAAAAUCCAUAUGAGGUACCUGAAAACUGCAGGGCAUUGGUGAUUGCUGAAGGUCGAAAGCGAGGAGAAAUCCCAGACAGCGGGUAUUAUCAGCCUACCAACAAAGCUAGUGGAAGUGGAUAUUCGAAUUAUCCUACCUAUGAUGAUGGUAGUACAAGCGGCUAUGGAGCUGACCAUUAUGGACAAUCAAUUUAUCAACCCAGUGGCAGUGGAAAUGUUUCUUAUACAAGAGAUCAACCUGCCGUCAAUGAUACAAGUGGUACGAAUAACUAUCAACCUAGUGGAUUUAAUCAAUAUCCAUAUCCAUCCGGUGGAAGCGGAUAUAAUAAAUUUGCAGCUGGUGGUCAACAAUAUGACCACGGAAACGAGAAGGCUGAUGGAUCCUAUAGUGAUGUUAACACAAGCGAGCCUAACAUAAUUACUGCCGAGCCACAACAUCAAGAGAGAAUACCCGCUCCUCGUGAUAGUACCGCUUCUGGUAGCCGCUCCUCGAGAAAAGGAAAGGGGCGUAGCUAUCGCUAG